CACAGGCGUAGAAUCUCUUUGGGCUCCUGCCCACUCCUCAACCCCUCGCGUUUGUCCCGAAACCGGGGGACUACAAGUCCCGGUAGGCUUCCGGAACUUAGCUCUGACUGCACGUGCGCACACAGCUGCCCGCCGGAAGAAUCGAGCUUGGCAGUGUUUAUCUUGUUGGGGACCGAGUCGUCGGUUGACGCACAGCGGGUUCCAGGCUGCCCGCGACCCCGCCCCGGCCCGGCCUGGCAAGGUAGCAGAGGCAGCAGGCCGUGCCGGGGGGGCAUGUUGCUGUAACCAGCGGCCCAGGGGAUGUUACGGUGGACAGUGCACCUGGAGGGCGGGCCCCGCAGGGUGAACCAUGCUGCAGUGGCUGUUGGGCACCGAGUAUACUCCUUCGGGGGUUACUGCUCUGGUGAAGACUAUGAAACACUGCGUCAGAUUGAUGUGCACAUUUUCAACGCAGUGUCCUUGCGCUGGACAAAGCUGCCCCCAGUGAGACCCACCAUCCGUGGGCAGCCUCCUGUGGUACCAUACAUGCGGUAUGGACACUCCACCGUCCUCAUCGAUGACACGGUCUUCCUUUGGGGCGGGCGGAAUGACACGGAAGGGGCCUGCAAUGUGCUCUAUGCCUUUGAUGUCAAUACUCACAAGUGGUCCACACCCCGAGUGUCAGGAACAGUUCCUGGUGCCCGGGACGGACAUUCGGCUUGUGUCUUGGGCAAGACCAUGUACAUUUUUGGAGGCUACGAGCAGCUGGCGGACUGCUUUUCCAAUGACAUUCACAAGCUGGACACCAGCACCAUGACAUGGACCCUUAUCUGUACAAAGGGCAAUCCUGCACGCUGGAGGGACUUCCACUCAGCCACAAUGCUGGGCAGUCACAUGUAUGUCUUUGGGGGCCGCGCUGACCGCUUUGGGCCAUUCCAUUCCAACAAUGAAAUUUAUUGCAACCGCAUCCGAGUCUUUGACACCAGGACUGAGGCCUGGCUGGACUGCCCACCCACUCCAGUGCUGCCAGAGGGGCGCCGGAGCCACUCAGCCUUUGGCUACAAUGGGGAGCUGUACAUCUUUGGUGGCUAUAACGCAAGGCUGAACCGGCACUUCCAUGACCUGUGGAAGUUUAACCCUGUGUCCUUUACCUGGAAAAAAAUUGAACCGAAGGGAAAGGGGCCGUGUCCCCGCCGGCGCCAGUGCUGCUGUAUUGUUGGUGAUAAGAUUGUCCUCUUUGGGGGUACCAGUCCGUCUCCUGAGGAAGGCCUGGUAGAUGACUUUGACCUCAUAGAUCAUUCUGACUUACACAUUUUGGACUUUAACACAUCUAACAUGUCAUUUGAGGAGCUGUUGGAAUUGCAGAGCCAAGUGGGGACUAAGACUUACAAACAAUUUGUAGCUGGAAACAGCACUAAGAAGCAAGGUUCUAGACCAGCUGUCCAAAAUGCAUGUGUUGCAGAUAAGCACAGGCCUCUGGAAAUGUCAGCCAAGAUCCGGGUGCCAUUUUUGCGUCAAGUUGUUCCCAUCAGUAAGAAGGUAGCUCGGGACCCCCGCUUUGACGAUUUGUCAGGAGAAUAUAACCCUGAAGUGUUUGACAAAACGUACCAAUUCCUGAAUGACAUCCGAGCCAAAGAGAAAGAGCUUGUGAAAAAGCAAUUGAAGAAGCACCGUUCUGGGGAGGAGCAUGAGAAGCUGCAGCUGCUGCUUCAGCGAAUGGAGCAGCAAGAAAUGGCACAGCAGGAACGAAAGCGGCAGCAGGAGCUGCGCCUGGCUCUGAAGCAGGAGCAGCGGGCUCAGGCCCAGCAGGGCCAUCGUCCAUACUUCCUGAAGAAAUCUGAGCAGCGCCAGUUGGUCCUAGCAGAGAAGUUCAAGGAGCUGAAACGUAGCAAGAAGCUAGACAGCUUCUUGAGUCGAAAAAGGCGCCGAAACGCAGGCAAGGACAGGAGACAUCUUCCUUUGAACAAAGACUGAUAAGGAACUGUCCUCAGCUCUGCCACUGCCCCAUUGAGAAAUGGAUCUGGGGACAAACUUGGGCUUGGCCUCUUCUGGUUCUUUCCCAUUUGAGGACAAGGAUCACAGCUGCCCUUCAACCAGACCAAUCUAGUUGGACCAAUCUUGUCAGAAAUGACUAGAGGGUUCUUGGGCUGCCCCAGGGCUGGACAUAAGAAGAGCUCAGCCUUCUGCUGUGCCACACUUACUCUGCCUCGAUCUGGUUCCUCAUGUCCUCAUGUCCUCCCAUCUUUGCCUUAAUCCAGUGAUUCUGACAUAGAAAAAAAGGGUCAGUGACCUGAAAGCUGGUGAAGGCCAUGCUGUCUGUUGAUGGCUCCCAGGACUGGGACUUUAUGUAGGAGCCAUUCAUAAACGUUCUUGUCACUCAUCUUUUUUUUAUUCUGCUUUUUGUGUGGGGUUUGUGGAUGGCCUAGAACUAUUGUCUGAGUGGGCCACUUUGAGGGGCGGGGAGCAGCAGAAACCUAAGGCCCCUUACAAAGUGGGAAGUCAGAUCCCACUUUGGGAUUUGGAGAUCCCUCCUAAUUAAACCCAAAAGAUGACACAAUCAUGUGAAGAGUGAACCAGUCCCACAAGUCACCUACUUAACUUUCAUUUUGAUGCAGGGGGAAAUAGGAUGUAGGGAAAAACUGCUUCCCCAAAAAUGUCAGCACAGCUGGCUCUCCAUACUGUUUGGGUCUACAAUUCAUACUACCCAUGUGGACUGGAAAAUCCUCAAGCUGAUAGUUCAGUGUAAAGUGGUCUCAGGUUGGUGGUGCCUCCAGGCACCUGGCAGGAGCAAAAGCAGAUCUCUUGAGGACUGUCCUUUAAGCCUAGGCCCCAAAGAAUUAGGUACCUCAGAUAAAAUUUCAAAGACUAUGAGUUUACCAUGAAACAAAGCACACAAAGGAGGAAACCACUAUAAGCAAGAGUCAUUAGGAACAAUAGAUAACAGAAUCAGACCAGUACAGAUACAGAAAGUAUAAAAUAUGUCAAUGUUCAAUGAAAAGCCAUGACUAAUGUAGAGUAUCAAAAAACCAGAUUGUUUAAACUGAAACAAAAAUGAAAAAUAUGCUUUAUGAAUUUAGAAACUUCAUGGUUAAGCAGUAGGUUAGACACACCUAAAAAGAGAAUGAACCUGUAGAUCUGAAGAAGUUACACAGGUGGAGCAAAGGGAUACAAAGAAAUGGAAACUAAGGAAGAGUUUAGAAAACAGGAGCAGGGAGGAAGAUAUAAGGGGACUAAAUGGUAAUGGGGGGGGGGAAGUACAAAAAAAUAAAACCCCGCUGUAGAUAGAGUGAGAAGGUGUGACAUAGAGGUCCAGAAGGAGUGAAUAUAUAUAUAUACAGACACACACACACACACACACAUAUAUUUAAGAUUUUAUUUUCAGAGGGAAGGGAAGGAAAAAAAGAAACAAUGUACGAUAGAAACAUGGAUCAGUUGCCUCUCACAUACCCCCUACAGGGGACCUGGACACAUAUAUUUUAAGAUUUAUUUUCAGAGAGGGAAGGGAAGAAAAAAAAGAAACAAUGUAUCAUAGAAACAUGGAUCAGUUGCCUCUCACAUACCCCCUACAGGGGACGUGCCUACAGGACCAGGCACGUGCCCUGACUGGGAAUUGAACAGGCAGCCCUUUGGUUUGCAGGUUAGCACUCAUUCCACUCAGCCACACCGGCAUGAGCAGGAGUGAAGAUUUUAAAGAGGCUGAAAAGUUUCUAGAAUUGAAAUGUAUAAAUCCUAAGAAUUAGGAAGCUCAGGGAAUUCCAAGCAGGAGUGAAAAAAGUAUUAGAUAAAUAAUAAGAAAUUAACAGGACAUCAGGAAGACUAACAUCUGAAAAACAGCUAUAAAGAAAAGGAAGAGCCCUGACCUGGUAGCUCCGUUGGUUAGGGCACUGUCCUGAUACACGAAGGUUGCAGGUUUGGUCCCUGGUCAGGGUACAUACAGGAAGCAACCAAUGAAUGCAUAAAGAAGUGAAACAGCAGAUGAUGUUUUCUUCUUUCUCCCCCUCUAAAAUUUUUUUAAAAAGGGGCGGAGCUGAGGCGGAAUUAGAAACUAGGACACCUAUUGCUUGAUGCUUCUGGAAUGGGGUACAAGGUGUUCUGAUGACAGUGAGAUGAAGCACGUAAGUGUUCCCAGUGAUUGAAGGCAGACUAGUUACCAGGGUAGUUUGCCUUGCCCAAGGAGAGGGGAGGUCUACUGCUGUACAGUCCCCAAUGACAUGUGACAAUACUUCUUUAAAGCCAAAGAACAGAUCCUGGCUGGUAAAAGCAGAAAGACUGUCGAACUAUGAGGCUCACAAAAACACUAAGGUUGGAGAGUAGCUUUAAAAUGUGUGUUAGGGGUGGUUCUGAACAGUUAAAAGCAUUCUAAAUCCUACCUUGGUACCAGAGCAUUGAUGUGAAGAUGUCACUACUGCUCCACUUUUCCUCCUGCUUUGCUCUAGAUACAGAAAUCCCCCCACCCUGGGGGUGUAGCUCAGUGGAUUGAGUGCUGGCCUAUGAACCAAAGGGUUGCCAGUUCGAUUCCCAGUCAACACACAUGCCUGGAUUGUGGGCUGGGUCCCUAGUGGAGGGUGUGAGAGGCAACCACACGUUGUUUUUCUCCCUCCCUUCCCCACUCUCUGAAAAGAGAUAAAAAUCUUAAAAAAAAAAAAUUCCUGGCAGAGGACUGGAAUUCCAGUCCUGAUUAGCCAGGACCUGGUUACAUGGCUGCAAGGGGAUGCUGGGAAAGCAAGUAUCUGCUUUUUUAUAUGGUGGGAGGUGGGCUCUACCUUAUAUCUAGAUUUAUGGUGGUAAAUUUCCCAGCCUGAGGAGGGGUUUCAGAUGAAGGCUGGUUAAGAACACCUAUGUCCACUACAAGGGUGUAUUGGCUCCCAAGCCGUCACACUGCUGCUUUUCUUUCCAAGGGUGCCGAUGAGACAUUGGAGAGCUCUGAGCUGCAGGUAUGGAUGUGUUUGGGUGGAUUUUGUUGUUCUGUUUUUGUUUUUUAUUGUAACAGAUUUA